GACGGCGUAGCUCAACCGUAACCUCGACCAGUACCGUGUACGUGCUUACCGCGCGACGAUGUCUACGUCGGGCAAGUCUCUCUCGGCGGUAAUCGUACUGCUAGUACUAGUGGCGGUUCCCCUUAUCUCGGCGGAUAACAUUCUCUUCCUGCAAUCGCUGGCGUCCAAGAGUCAUCACAUCUGGAACAAGCAGAUCUUCGAGCGGCUGUACGACAAUGGACACAACUUGACGAUUCUGUCGUUCGAGGAGGAACCGUCGGUUCCCGGGAAGACGUUUCUGAUGGUGCGCGGUUUGAUGGAUAAAGUCAUGCAAGAGUACGGCGGAGCUGAGUGGGAUGUGACUGUGGAGCAGAGUGCGAUCGUUAAUGUGUUCUUUUUGUACGAUUUUUACGAACGCGCGAGUCGACAUUUGGCGCAGGAGGAAGCCAUCCACAGAUUAUUGGCGUAUCCGAGAAGCUUCAAGUUUGACCUGAUCAUCCAUGACUUUACCAUGGGACACUUCUUGCUUGGAUUCGUUGACUACUUCGGGAAUCCCCCGCUGGUCUCCGUCACGGCGUUCAACAUCCCAUCCCACACUCCGGACCUCUCGGAUGCUCCGGUUCACCCCUCGUACAUGCCGCACUACGCGUCCAGCUUCGGCAGUCAGAUGAACUUUGUCGAGCGAGCCAAGAACACCCUGUACUGGACGCUGGACCACGUAUGCCGCAACUACAUCUACAUGACCAGCGAAGAUCGUCGCGUGAAGCAACUGUUCGGUCCGGAUGCACCCUCCGUCAAGCGUGUCGAAAAACGCUCGGACAUCAUCCUCGUGAACGGCCACUUCAGCAUGGACUACUACCAGCUGCUACCGCCUAACGUCAUCUCCGUGGCCGGGCUGCACGUGUCACGCAGCGAGGAGGUCGCCCCGAUCGUCAAACAGUUCAUCGCACGCGCCAACAAGGGAGCCGUACUGUUCAGCUUCGGGACCAACAUUCAGAGCGAGAUGCUCGGUCCGGAUGUCAACAAGCAGAUCCUCGCGGCGUUCCGAUCGAUGCCGGAGUACGGAUUCAUCUGGAAGCACGGGGAUCCGUUGUCGCUUGGGGUGGUUCCUCCCAACGUGCUGGUUUUAAAAUGGGUUCCCCAAUCGGCGAUCCUCGCCAACCCUCGCACGAAACUGUUCAUCAGCCACGGGGGACUGCUGAGCACUCAGGAAGCUACCUGGCAUGGGGUUCCCGUGGUAGCGGUUCCCUUCUUUGUUGACCAGUACGCGAAUGCGGACAAGCUGGUACGGGCCGGUGUAGCGACCAAGCUGCUUCCAAAGGACGUUAACGAGGAGACACUAAAAGAGGCAAUUUUAAGAGUUGUUGAAGAUCCAAGCUGUCGCGCCAAAAUGAAGGAGCGAUCGUACCACUUCAAGGGACAACCCGAUCAUCCACUGGAUCGAGCCAUCUUCUGGAUCGAGAAGGUUCUGGAGAACAAGGGUCUCGCAUACCUGCGAUCUCCGGCGCUUGAGAUGAGUGCGAUCCAAGUGUACAAUCUGGACCUGCUCGGAGCAGUCGCGCUUGCGGCAUUCUUAUUUUACGUGAUGCUUGGAAAGAUUCUGGGAUGCUUCAUUCCCAAAACAAACAAAAGAAAAAAGAAGAGUAAAACUACUCCCGACGCAAUCAGUUCCAUGGCGUCGUCAAGUUGGUUCUGUUUCGUAUUGCCGUAUCUACUGGCGGUGCACUGUCACAACAUUCUCUUUCUGCAGACGACUCCGUCCCGGAGCCAUCACAUCUGGAACCGGCAAAUCUUCGACCGACUGUUCGAGAAUGGACACAACCUGACGGUUUUGACCUUUGAACGGGAGCGGUCCGUGUCCGGGAAGAGCUUUCUGUACGUGGACAACUUCUACGGCAAGAUUGUGGCGCGUUUGGCGGAGGAAUCAGGUGCAUCGGAGAUGGGACCGAUCGGGAACAUUGUCAACAUGUACGGAUUCUACGAAGUGGCGAGUCAAGUUCUGGUGGAGGAGGACGCCAUGAAGCAGCUUCUCAAGUAUCCUCAAACGUUCAAGUUUGACCUGGUCAUUCACGACUUCACGAUGGGUCAGUUUCUGUUGGGAUUCGUGGAACGCUUCGGCAAUCCCCCGCUGGUUUCCGUAUCGGCGUUCAACGCUCCGUCGUAUACCGCUCAGCUUACGGGUGGUCCCGUGCGGACUAGUACUCUACCGAACUAUGCCGCCUGCUUCGGCCAGCGCAUGACUCUGCUGGAACGGGCUUGGAACACGUUCUACUGGAUGCUGGACUGCUACCAUCGACAGUACAAGUUCAUUCCGAACGAAGAUCAGCGGCUUCGCAAGCUGUUUGGAUCAAACGCAAGCGGCGUGGCUGAGUUGGAGAAGCGGACGGAUAUCGUGCUCGUCAACAGUGACUUCAGCAUGGACUACUAUCAGGUGCAUCCACCGAAUGUGAUUCCCGUUGGGGGAUUGCACAUAGCUAGAUCGGAAAUGAUACCGGAGGAUAUUGCGCGGUUCAUGGAUCGUCCCGCCGAAGGUGUGGUUCUUCUCAGUCUUGGUACGAACGUGAAGAGUGAGGACCUUGGAGAAGGAGUCAAUCAAGCGAUUUUGAACGUCUUUAGCAGUUUACCAGAUUACAGCUUUAUCUGGAAACACGGCGAUCCGGAUUCUUUGGGAGCGAUUCCGAAGAACGUCCUGGUGAGGAAGUGGAUUCCACAAGUGGCCCUACUUGCGGAUCCUCGCACGAAGCUACUAAUAGGUCACGGGGGAUUGCUGGGGCUGCAAGAGGCGUCCUGGUUUGGAGUUCCGAUGGUUGGGAUUCCGUUCUUUGCCGAUCAGUACCAGAAUGUGGACAAACUGGUUCGUGCCGGAGUGGGAAUCCGGAUGAUGCCGAGCGAGAUUCGUGAAGAUUCGUUGAGGAAGGCAGUGGUGACGGUUCUGACGAACGGAAGCUACCACCAACGAGCCGCAGCCCGCUCAAAGCAGUUCCGAAACCAGCCCCAACCACCACUGGACCGGGCACUGUUCUGGAUUGAACAGGUCCUGGAGCACAAAGGUCUCCCGCAUCUACGUUCACCGCCAACACCUUUGUACCAACAGUACGGUCUAGCCGUGGCCGUGGCGCCGUUCGUUAUCUUGGCGCUUUUGACGCACUUGAUGUUAUCUCUGGCUUGUACCAAUAAAAGAUGCUAAUUAGAUAGUUCAA